AGGCCACAGCGCCGGGGGGCCAUGGAAAGGGCGCAGGAAAUCGGCACCUUCGUGGUGUGGGACUACGUGGUGUUCGCCGGCAUGCUGCUCAUCUCAGCCGCCGUCGGCAUCUACUACGCCUUCGCGGGGGGCGGCCAGCAGACCUCCGAGGACUUCCUGAUCGGCGGCCGCAGAAUGACCGCGGUGCCCGUGGCGCUGUCCCUCGCCGCCAGCUUCAUGUCGGCGAUCACGAUCCUGGGCACCCCCUCCGAGGUCUACCGGUUUGGGGCCAUAUACAGCAUCUUUGCCUUCACUUACUUCUUUGUGAUCGUCCUCACCGCGGAGGUCUUCCUCCCGGUGUUCUACAAACUGGGAAUUACCAGCACCUACGAGUACUUAGAACUUCGAUUUAACAAAUAUGUUCGUCUCUGUGGAACAAUCCUCUUCAUUGUUCAAACAAUUCUGUAUACUGGAAUUGUUAUCUAUGCUCCUGCACUGGCUUUGAAUCAAGUCACAGGAUUUGAUCUGUGGGGUGCAGUCGUGGCAACCGGGGUGGUCUGCACAUUCUACUGCACGAUGGGUGGUCUUAAAGCAGUUAUCUGGACGGAUGUUUUUCAAAUUGGGAUCAUGGUGGCUGGAUUUGCAACUGUGAUUAUACGGGCUGUGGUGGUUCAAGGUGGAAUCGACGUUAUUUUAAGUGAUGCCUAUGAUGGCGGAAGAUUAAACUUCUGGAAUUUUAAUCCUAAUCCUUUACAAAGACACACAUUCUGGACAAUUAUUAUAGGAGGUACUUUCACGUGGACCAGCAUCUAUGGUAUCAACCAAUCCCAAGUGCAGAGAUAUAUUUCCUGUAAAAGCAGAUUCCAGGCAAAAAUGUCUCUCUACAUCAAUCUCGUGGGACUCUGGGUGAUCCUCACCUGCUCAGUGUUUUGUGGGCUCGCCCUUUAUUCCAGGUACAAAGACUGUGAUCCUUGGACAGCCAAGAAAGUGUCUGCACUAGACCAGCUCAUGCCUUAUUUGGUACUGGACAUUCUGCAAGAUUAUCCAGGACUUCCUGGACUUUUCGUGGCCUGUGCUUAUAGUGGAACAUUAAGCACAGUGUCCUCCAGUAUUAAUGCCUUAGCAGCAGUAACUGUGGAAGAUCUAAUAAAACCUCACUUCAGAUCGCUCUCAGAAAGGUCUCUGUCUUGGAUUUCCCAAGGAAUGAGUGUGUUGUAUGGAGUCCUGUGUAUUGGAAUGGCUGCACUGGCAUCGACAAUGGGAACUCUGUUACAGGCAGCACUCAGCAUAUUUGGCAUGAUUGGUGGACCACUUCUGGGCAUGUUUGCUUUGGGCAUUUUGGUUCCCUGUGCCAACUCACUUGGAACAUUUGUUGGACUGAUGGCUGGAUUUGCCAUUUCUUUAUGGGUUGGAAUUGGAGCUCAACUUUACCCUGCACUUCCCGAGAGAACAUUGCCCUUAAACCUUGAAACCUAUGGCUGCAACAGCUCAUAUAACGGGACGAAUGUGAUGACAACCACAGAAAUGCCAUAUUCUACUAGUGCUUUUCAAAUCCACAAUGUUGAAAGGACUCCACUGAUGGAUAACUGGUAUUCUUUAUCAUACCUGUACUUCAGCGCUAUUGGAACUUUGGUAACAUUAUUUGUGGGGAUACUUCUCAGUUUAUCAACAGGAGGAAGAGAACAGAACUUAGACAGCAGAUUCAUACUAACCAAAGAGGACUUCUUAUCCAAUUUUGAUAUUUUUAAGAAAAAGAAGCGUGUUUUAAGCUAUAAAUCUCAUCCAAUGGAAGAUGGUGGAACUGAUAAUCCUGCUUUCAACCAUAUUGAAUUGAACUUCACAGAUCAAACUGGCAAGAUCAAUGGGACUCGUUUGUGAAGCAGCUGUGAUACUACAUGAUCUUAAACAGUGUCUCAAUUUUAUGUAUUUUCUAAGAUAAUUGGAUCAGGCUUAGUUUUUCUUUGUUUUUUUGAUUUUUUUUUUUGUUAGUCUAUCAUGAGUGUCUUGAGGGCUAAAUUUUUGUUAAAACAAAGUCCUGACUUUCUUUAGUUCCUACACUCAUUAAUUGAUGUUAUUCUGGAGUGAAGAGUUUCAGCACAGGCACUUCCCUCUCUCUUAUUUCAAUGAAGCCACCGUUGCAAAAGUUACGACUCUGUGUGUGCUGAAAGGCCAAUAUGCACAUAUGCACAUG